AUGCCCAGGACAACCAAGCUAAGGCUGACGGUCAUCGCCGCAGACCAACUAUACAAAAGAGAUGUCUUCCGUCUCCCCGACCCCUUCGCAGUGGUCCUCGUGGACGGCGGCCAAACCCGAACCACCUCCGUCAUCAAGAAAACGCUCAACCCCUACUGGAACGAGUCGUUCGACGUCGACGUUACCCCGUCGUCCAUCAUCGUUGUGCAAAUCUUUGACCACAAAAAGUUCAAAAAGAAGGACCAGGGCUUCCUCGGCGUCAUCAACAUCCGCGUGGGCGACGUGCUCAACCUGGCCCAAGGAGGAGACGAGAUGAUCACCAAGGACCUCCGCAAGGCCAACGACUCGCUCGUGGUCAACGGCAAGAUCAUCCUCAACCUCAGCACCAACACCGCCGGCCGACGCGCCACCGGCGCCUCCUCCGCGGCAGGCUCCACCGCCCCAUCCACCGCCUCCGUGUCUGCUGCUGCUCGCACCAACCUCCCCGACAUUUCGUCCCUCAGCGUCGACAACUCCAGCGUGCGAAGCAGCUCCACCUCGCACAGCGCCACCCCCUCGGCCACCACUAACAGCACAUCGACCAGUGCGCUGAACGGGGCCAAUAACACCACGGGCACUACAACCACCACAGGCCCCCCUGCCGGUGCACCCACCGCUACCACCACGUCCACGGCCGCACGCCCAGCCCCCAACUCCCGGGGCUUCUCGUCCUUUGAGGAUCAGUUUGGCCGGCUGCCCACCGGCUGGGAGCGACGUACCGACAAUCUGGGCCGAACGUACUACGUGGACCACAACAAUCGCAGCACCACGUGGACCCGCCCGGCAAACUCGCAGAACGAGUCCGAGUCGCGCCAGGCCCGUCAGAACAACACUAACCUGGAGCGGCAGCGGCACCAGAACCGAACGCUGCCCGAGGAGCGGGCCCAGUCGCCCACGCUCGGUUCCCACAACCGUACCGGCUCCGGCGCCACCGCAGGUUCGUCGUCGGGAGCGGCGGGAGGAGGUGCAGCCGCCGGCGGUGUUGCAGCCACCUCCCCGGGUGGUACUCCCCGGUCUGCAUCCGACGCCGUGGCCAUGACCAUGUCUGGAGCCACCACACCCGCACUGGGCGAGCUGCCUGUCGGCUGGGAGCAGCGGUUCACACCCGAGGGACGGCCCUACUUUGUGGACCACAACACACGAACUACAACCUGGGUCGACCCUCGGCGACAGCAGUACAUUCGAAUGUACGGCGGCACCAACGCCGCGGGGGGCACCAACACGACCGUGCAGCAAAUGUCUGUGUCCCAUCUGGGUCCCCUUCCCUCCGGCUGGGAAAUGCGGCUCACCAACACUGCUCGUGUGUACUUUGUGGACCACAACACCAAGACCACAACCUGGGAAGACCCACGGCUGCCCUCGUCGCUUGACCAGAGCGUGCCGCAGUACAAGCGGGACUUCCGACGAAAGCUCAUCUACUUCCGGUCGCAGCCUGCUCUGCGAAUUCUGCCUGGCCAGUGCCACAUCAAGGUGCGGCGAGAUCACAUUUUUGAAGAUUCAUAUCAGGAGAUUAUGCGGCAGACGCCACAGGAUCUGCAGAAGCGACUGAUGAUCAAGUUCGACGGCGAGGAGGGUCUGGAUUACGGAGGAGUGUCGCGAGAGUUCUUCUUUUUGCUGUCGCACGAAAUGUUCAACCCCUUUUACUGUCUGUUUGAAUACUCGGCGCACGACAACUACACUUUGCAGAUCAACCCCCACAGUGGCAUCAACCCCGAGCAUCUCAACUACUUCAAGUUCAUCGGUCGGUGCGUCGGUCUGGCCAUUUUCCAUCGUCGAUUCCUUGACGCCUUCUUCAUUGGCGCCUUCUACAAGAUGAUUCUCAAGAAGAAGGUUAUGCUGGAGGACAUGGAGGGUGUGGACGCGGACUACCACCGAAACCUGGAGUGGGCGCUGGACAACGACAUUACCGAUGUGCUGGACCUGACCUUCAGCGUGGAGGACGACCAGUUUGGCGAGAUUGUCACCAUUGAUCUCAAGCCCGACGGCCGAAACAUUGAAGUGACCAACGAUAACAAGAUUGAAUACGUUGAGCUUGUGACCGAGUGGCGAAUCAGCAAGCGUGUGGAGGAGCAGUUCCAGGCGUUUGUGUCUGGAUUCUACGAGCUCAUCCCCCAGGAGCUGGUCAAUGUGUUUGACGAGCGGGAGCUGGAGCUGCUGAUUGGAGGUAUUGCCGACAUUGACGUCGACGACUGGAAGAAGCACACCGAUUACCGGGGCUACUCGGAGUCGGACGAGGUCAUCAAGUGGUUCUGGCAGUGCAUUAGAUCGUGGGACAGCGAGCAAAAGUCGCGGCUGCUGCAGUUCACGACCGGUACGUCGCGAAUCCCCGUCAACGGCUUCAAGGAUCUGCAGGGCAGCGAUGGUCCUCGCCGGUUCACGAUUGAGAAGGCUGGAGAGGCCCAGCAUCUGCCCAAGUCGCAUACCUGUUUCAACCGAGUCGAUCUGCCUCCGUACAAGAACUACGAGGAUUUGGUCAAGAAGCUGUCCAUGGCUGUGGAGGAGACUGUUGGUUUCGGCCAGGAGUAA